AUGAGAAAUGAAGCUCUGUAUUUAGAGCUUGAGAAGAACAAAGCCUCUAAAGCUGAGGCUGAGGUUAACUACACUGUCUUGACUUCCAAAGCGGAGGGUCUUGAGAGAGAGAAUAUAGGGGCUGAGGAGAGGGAGAAUGGCAUUCGUCUGGAGAUGGCCAAAACAAAUCCCUCAAGGCUGGAUGGGAUGAUACCCUCUAAACUAUUGGGUGAGACCCCGACUCUGAGCUCUUCUCGAUGCACCCUUAUAUUCCCCUAUAAGUCCUCAAGGAGGCAGUGGACCCUAGUGAGAGAAGGAUCCACCCGAGUAGGAGGUGGGUUAUUAGGAGGCAUUCUAGGGUGCGAUGAGGAUAGGGGCGACCGUCGAUUCUAUCUUGCAUAG